GGACUUUGGCCGCGCUGCCGCCGGCGGGGAAUGCUGAGGGUGGCCCCCUGGGCCCUGCUGUGCUGCGCCUCGAGAGCCCCCCAGAGCUCCAGCACCGCGGGCAGGUCCCUCACAGCCAUGGCAGCUCCCCCAGCCCCCUCAGUGUCCCCAGGCGCCCCGGGCGGGCUGGUGGCGGUGGCCCAGGUGACAUCCACGGGGGACAAGGAGCACAACUGGCAGCAGUGCUCGGCCCUGGUGCGGCGCGCGGCGGCCAUGGGGGCCAGGGCCGUGUUCCUGCCCGAGGGCUUCGACUUCAUCGGGGACAGUCCCCAGCACAGCCUGGAGCUGGCAGAGCCACUGCACGGGGACACCGUGGGGCGCUACCGGCAGCUGGCCAGGGAAUGUGACGUGUGGCUCUCCCUCGGGGGUUUCCACGAGCGUGGCCAGGACUGGGACAGCACCGGCCGGAUCUACAACUGUCACCUGCUGCUGGACAGCUCGGGUGCUCUGGUGGCCGCGUACCGCAAGCUGCACCUGUUUGACGCGGCGCUGCCGGGGCAGCCGGCGCUGUGCGAGAGCUCCUUCACCAACCCUGGCCAGGAGCUGCUGCCCCCCAUCGACACCCCCGUGGGCAAGCUGGGGCUGGCCGUGUGCUAUGACCUGCGGUUCCCGGAGCUGGCCCAGGCCCUGCGUGGGGCCGGGGCCCAAAUCCUGACCUUCCCCUCGGCCUUCACUGUCCCCACUGGAGCUGCACACUGGGAGGUGCUGCUGCGUGCCCGUGCCAUCGAGUGCCAGUGCUACGUGGUGGCCGCGGCUCAGACCGGCCGCCACAACGCCACCCGCGCCUCCUUCGGUCACUCGCUGGUGGCCGAUCCCUGGGGCACCGUGGUGGCUCAGUGCCACCAGGGGCCAGGGCUCUGCCUGGCCCACAUCGACCUGGCCUACCUGGAGCAGGUGCGCAGGGACCUGCCCGUGCACGGCCACCGCCGUGGGGACAUCUACGGGACCCUCACGGGGACACCGGGGACGUGACGGCGCCGGGCGUGGGUGGGACACGCUCGGAAUUUGCACCGGGUUUGCUGUUCUGUCCCCAAAGUGGAAUGGCACAAUGAAUGUGUCCUCCCUGCUCUUUUUGGGGGUCCCAAAUCAGCCCCAAAUCUGCACCAAUUCAGCCCUAAAUCGGCCCCAAAUCUGCACCAAUUCAGCCUCAAAUCUCCCACAAAUCUUCACCAAUUCAGCUCCAAAUCUGCACCAAUUCAGCCCCAAAUCAGCCCCAAAGCUGCACCAAUUCAGCUCCAAAUCUGCACCAAUUCAGCCCCAAAUCUGCACCAAUUCAGUCCCAAAUCUGCACCAAUUCAGCUCCAAAUCUGCACCAAUUCAGCUCCAAAUCUGCCCUUUUUGUCCCCAAAGUGGAAUGGCACAAUGUGUCCUCCCUGCUCUUUUUGGGGGUCCCAAAUCAGUCCCAAAUCUCCAUCAACUUGGUCCCAAAUCUGCACCAAUUCAGCCCCAAAUCUGCUCCAAAUCAGUCCCAAAUCUGCAUUAAUUCAACCUCAAAUAUUCCCCCAAAUCAAUCCCAAAUCUGCAUCAAUUCAGCUCCAAAUCUUCCCUUUUGUCCCAAAAUGGAAUGGCACAAUGUGUCCCCCUUACUUUAUUGAGGGUCCCAAAUCUGCACCAAUUUAGCCCCAAAUCUGCCCCAAAUCUGCAUCAAUUCAGCCCCAAAUCUGCCCCAAAUCUGCAUCAAUUCAGCCCCAAAUCUGCCCCAAAUCAGUCCCAAAUCUGCAUUAAUCCAGCCACAAAUAUUCCCCCAAAUCAGUCCCAAAUCUGCAUUAAUCCAGCCCCAAAUUGCCCACAAAUCAGUCCCAAAUCUGCACCAAUUCAGCCCUGAAUUGGCCCCAAAUCUGCCCUUUUUAUCCUCAAAAUGGAACGGCACAAUGUGGCCUCCCUGCUAUUUUUAGGGGUCCCAAAUCUGCACCAAUUUAGCCCCAAAUCAGUCCCAAAUCUGCCUUUUUGUCCCCAAAAUGGAAUGGCACUACAUGUCCCCCCCUUCUCUUUUUUUGGGGUCCCAAAUCUGCACUAAUUCAGCCCCAAAUCUUCCCCCAAAUCAGUCCCAAAUCUGCCCUUUUUGUCCCCAAAAUGAAAUGCCACAUGUCCUCCCUGCUCUCCUUUUGGGGUCCCCACUCUUUUUUGGGGUCCCGAUUCAUCCUCAAAUUUGUUCCAAUUCUGCAUCAAUUUAGCCCAAAAUUGACCCCGAAUCUGCCCCAAAUCAGCUCCAAUUUACACCAAAUGUGGUCCAAAUCAGCAUUUUUGUCCCCAAAAUGAAACAGCACAAAGUGUCCCCGUAUUUUUUUGGGGGGAGUCCCAAAUCUGCUCUGAAACUGCCCCAAAAUCAACCCCAAAUCUGCUUCGAAUCAGCCCAAAAUCAGCCCCAAAUCUGCCCCAAUUCACCCCAAAAUCUGCAUCAAUUCAACCCCAAAUCAGCCCAAAUUUGCACUCAAUCAGCACUUUUGUCCCCAAAUGGGAUUUCCAAUUUUUUGGGGGGGGUUCCCCCUUUUUUAGGGGUUCUGGGGGGGAGGAAUUUCUUUCUAUUAAAAUUUGAAAAAUACAAAAUCCCAGGAAAUGA